AUGGACGUGAGCUAUGGCAGGUCGCUGCACUUGACAGUGUGCGAGUUGCCGCAAGGCGCACCUGUAGUGCCUAGCGGACCGUUUGUGUUGGACAUUUGCUUGGAUUACUUUACAACGUUGAACCCGUUCCUUCAACAGUUUGAGCUCGCGUGUGGCGCAGACGACACGCGUGUCUUGUGUCGUAUCUAUGGUGGAGUUCAAUUCAAGAACGUGCCGCCCACACUCUGCCAUGCCGACCAACUGCGUCAUCAACACGAGCACGCCACGUCAUUGGACCGGGUGUUGGUGACCCAAGCAUGGCGUCAAAUGGACGAAGCUGCGUUUAUCGCGAGUGUGGCCCACGUGUUCCCUCUCUAUAACGACCCAGCCGCAAUGCCUGGCCUAUUUCAACUGUAUUAUCGUAUGCUUUCACGAUACAACGAGGCCCAGUUGGACCUGACGAAAUGCAAACGUACUUGCAUUCCUUGGACGUUUGUCCCAGUUUGAUCACUAUUGCCACGUCUCAGACAGACAACUACACCCCGUCGC